CGUUCCCCACCACCAAGCAGCCAUCCGCUUUCCCCAUUCCCUCGCCGCCGCCGCCGCCGCCGCCGCCGCCGCCAAUCUUCCUCUCCGCGGGCGGCGCCGCCAUGCUCCGACUCAGGUGCUGCCUCCUCACCCAGCUCCUCUCAUCUCCCUCCGCGUCUUCCGCCUCCCACCUCCGCCGCCUCAUAUCCGCCGCCGCGCCCGCCGUCUCCCCGAACCCUAGCUUCGCCGUGGAGGAGUACCUCGUCGCCACCUGCGGCCUCACCCGACCACAGGCCGCCAAGGCCUCUCCAAAGCUCUCCCAUCUCAAAUCCCCCGACAACCCCGACGCCGUCCUCUCCUUCCUCGCUGGUCUCGGCCUCUCCACCGCCGAUGUCGCCGCCCUCGUCGCCAAGGACCCGCAGUUCCUCUGCGCCAAAGUGGACAAGACCCUGGCCCCCGUCGUCGCCGGGCUCACUGGCCUCGGCCUCUCGCGCUCCGACAUCGCGCGCCUCGUCUCGCUCUCCCGUAAAAGCUUCCGCUAUAGAUCCAUCGUCUCCAAGCUGCACUACUACAUGCCUCUCUUUGGGUCCUCUAAGAACCUCCUCCGGGCCCUCAAGAGGAACCCCUACCUUCUCUCGUCUGACCUCGACGGCAUCGUCAAGCCCAAUGUCGCUUAUCUGCACGAGUGCGGGCUAGGUGCUUGUGACAUUGCCAAGCUAUGCAGCAAUCAACCGCGCCUGCUCACCACCAAUCCAGAGUGCAUCCAGGGCAUUGUGGCACGCGCUCAAAACAUAGGUGUGCCCCGUGGCUCUGCGAUGUUCAGGCACGCGCUGCAUGCUAUUGCAUUCCAUAGUGAGGAGGAGGUCGCAGCUAGAGUAGACUACUUGAAGAGCACAUUCAGGUGGUCGGAUGCUGAGGUGGGCAUUGCUGUGUCUAAAGCUCCAUCGGUGCUGACGAGGGCCAAGGAAUCGCUGCAGCGCAGGUCCGAGUUCCUCAUCUCUGAGGUGGGCUUGGAACCGGCUUACAUUGCUCAACAGCCAGCAAUUGUCUGCUACAGCCUAGAGGGCCGGCUCAGGCCCCGGUACUAUGCUGUAAAGUUUCUCAACGAAAAUGGAUUGCUCAAGCGCAACCCGAGCUACAGCACUGUUUUCACGGGGACCGAAAAGACAUUCAGGGAGAAGUUCAUAUGCCCUCAUAAGGAAGCUGCACCACACCUCCAAGAAGACUAUGAUGCUGCUUGUAAAGGGCAACUGCCGACUAAUUUCAGAUUCACACGAGCCAAGAACGGACUAUGAUGUAAUCGUCUGCUGUUGUAUGACUGUUAGAUGCUGGGUUGGUCGUUGCUAACAUGUGAUGGAAUUGAUAAUUUGAUCCCUGAAGACUGGUAUGUAAUGCUAUCACUCUGCAGAGAAGAAACCAUGGAUUGGUUAUGAACCUUUUUCGUCCUCAUUCAUGUUUUAGACACACGUAUUGGAACUAAGUAAGUGUGAGGUCAGGCCAUUCUGCAAUGCAUUUAAAAUUUCAGUUUUUGAGUUAGUUGCUGGUGCAUUGAGACAAUGAGCCACAGUAUGGUAUCCUUCAUGUGGAUAAUUGGAGCAUUAAUCUGAUGCCAGUCACAAAUUUAGGUAAGUACCUACUCCGUCCCAAAAUAAGUGUCAUGGCUUUAGUUCAAAUCAAUUUGAACUAAAGCCACGACACUUAUUUUGGGACGGAGGGAGUAGUCUUUUUGGAAGCAGCUGUAGGAGAUGUUGGCUCCUGGUGUUAGCGCUUCCUAUUGAGGGACCAGGGUCAAGUCACCUGGCUUUAGCUUAAUCUAUUUUUUUGAUUAUGGUUUGUUAUAAAAAUAAUUUUGGUUUGCUCAUAUGCAGAAUCAUAGUGACCCAUUUUUUUGCUUUUACUAACUAAUAUAGAUGUAUUCACUCAACUAUGAAAAAUGUCCGGAAGUGGAUUCUCCUUUAGUUGGAUAAGAGGUAAUGAUUUGGAGCCAAUGGUCAUAUUGGAAAUACCUAUUGGACUGCAGGAUGAAAUGCGCAGGGCUCACAUCUGUACAGGUUAUCUGCUAAGGAGAGAUGCCCACUUUACUAAACGUGGAACUCCCACAUGGAGGAGGGUUGGCAUCAUUUAAAUUUAAGUAAGUAAACUUAGGUGCAUCCAUUCAUUUUUAUGCUAAUAAUUUUAUUGAGACAAUGGAGAAGCACUUGCUGCUAGUGAUGUUAUGGAGACAAAGAAGCCCUAAUUUUGUACUGUGUAUUUUGGAUUUUCAUGCUCUGCACCAUGACCAUAAAUUAUGUGUUUGUUGUGAAUGGCAGCUUGAGAUUUUUAGUUCAUUAUUGCAUUUUGGUCCUGUGGGUAAUUCUUUGUGCCAAGCACCACCAGGAGGUUUACUAGCAGCUAGUUGGUGUUUCUUCCUUCUGUAACUGAGCAGCCUCUUCUUUAGUUUGGCUAAAACUGAGUGUUUAUUACUCCCUCCGUUCCUAAAUAUAAGUCUUUUUAGAUAUUUCAAUAUGGACUACAUAUGGAGCAAAAUAAGUGAAUGUACACUAUAAAAUAUGUCUAUAUACAUCUGUAUGUAGUCCGUAUUGAAAUUUCUGAAAGGACAUAUAUUUAGAAACGGAGGGAGUACUUUGGUUAUUGUGAUUGUGAAUGUAGGAACCAAACAGUUGGAUACAUGGUCUGAAUCUUAGCAGAGACUGCAGGUUCUUAAUUACUCCCCCCAAGUAUUCUUGUUUGUUCAAAAUGCUGCACAUAAUCUGCUAGCCUUUUGGGGCAGAUUACUUCCAACUGACCACAUAUUCUGUACUUGAUUAUUGGGUGUUCAUCUGGAGAAGGAUAUCAUUGAAGUUCAGUGACGGAUAGUGUACCUAUGAUUUUCGUAAGGGAAAAUUUAAGUCGUAACAGGAAAAGGAAAACAACCGGAUGGGAUGCCAUGUAGUAUAGAAUCUUGCAAAAUUUCAAACAUAGGAAUAGUAUGUACCUCAGUUUACGAACCAACCUGUGCACAUUUGUUUGUUCAUGAUUUGAGGCUGUAGAAGUUGGAAGAUCUCAGGUGUGUGCUUGCAGUAAGGCAAAGGAUAAGUCCAUGCUAUACUGGCCAAGAGAUGUGAUUUAAAGAUCAGCUAUAUGUCCCUUUCUCUGGUGCUUGUUGAAAUUAUAGAAACAAUAUGAAUGAAAUGCAGGCGAGGGGAACUGGUUGAUCAGUAAAGCGGCUUACCACCGGGUGAAGAUGUGUGGAAGCUGGAUGUUGAUGGUGCCUUUUUCUUCUUCCAGGAAACGAGAUGAAACAUGUAGGCAAUGGCUUUGCUGUACUAUACAUGCUUCCGAAGGCUCUGUUAGUUGAUGAUGCCCUGAAGCUUCAGUGACAAGUAUGGUCUGAUUAUGGCGUGAGUUUUAUUCAGGGAAGCUCCUACUUUUCUCUUUUCUGAAUUUUGCAAGGUGAGUAAUCCUUCUAGUAUUGUACUACUAUUGAUGUGAAUAAACUAGCAUCUGGUACUCUAAUCAUUUUUUGCAUUUUGUUGGAUCUUCACUUGGAUGCAAGCAGUUUGUAAGAGUCACACAUGCAUGUAAACAGUAUGCAUUAUGCAAAUUUUGUACACUGAACUCUGAAUUUGAAUCAGGAGCUGGACGUUAACUCUGAAUCUUUCAGACUCCAUGUGUGAAUUCUGAAACUUAUUAUACCCAAUUCAAGUCUGAAGCUAUAGUAAGCAGUUAAAAAUCUUUCAGGAGCCAAGUUAGCUCGAAUCAGAGCAGAAACUUAACAGCAAUGCGGCCAGAAGCUAAUAGGCUAAACUUUUAUGUACGAUUCACUUCAACAUUUAUACUCAGAAGAGUAUCAACAUUUUCCAUUAUCACAGCAGCAUCUGUAUGACAAGAGUUCUUAUGUUUCAGAACUUCGCUAGUUAUGAUGAGAAAUCACUUUCUUAUAUUUUAAAUACAUCAGUGAAAUGCAUAUUUUCAUAGAGGUUCACCAAAAGCGAAAUGUCAUUUUUAUAGUGUGAUAAAUCUGUUUUACCUUGAAGUGCAAAGCGUAUGUUUAGUAUCUAAAAAAAUGUAUUGAAGGCAUGUGAGGAAUUCCAAGUGCAAAGGCUAGCUGAUUUGCAUCAUUCUUAUUUCUGGAAUGAACUUAACUAGUGAACUUACUGCAUGAAGGCAACGUGCUUACUGCAUGAAGAUAAAUAAUGCAUAUUCAUUUAAAGUAGAUAAAUAAACUUAACUAGUGAACUUACUGCAUGAAGGCAAUGUGCUGACAGUUGAUGAUUACAGCUCCUGAAUCAAUCCCGAAAUUUAUAACAAUUAUCUGCUCAGGAGCAGAGAUGGAAAAAACUCACGGAAGUGGCCAUGAUGAGCACGAUGAGACCACCCCGACUGUGAGGACGACCAGGAUAGCAGCAUCAACUGAGGGAUUGUGUAGUACUGCCUUUGUUUCGAGAGCAAACACAGCAAGGUUGCGUAACAACUGAACUUUACACAAAAAGGAGAGCCUUAUAAUCAGAGAUUCAUCCAAGAAAUGGACAUGACUAUAAAUUGACGAGUCUAAUAAACAGGGGCUGGGUUUGAAUUGAACAUAGACAGGUAAGACAGGUAUGGUUCCUUACGGGGAUUCAGUUCAACUAAAUAAUUAGAGAGAAGCCCUUCAAAAAAAUUAGAGAGAAGAGCGGCAGAAGAUAGUCCAAACUACAAAUGCAUCAAAGUGCUCGUUCGUUCCUUUGGUCGUUGCUAGGUUUUGAACUUUCAUUCCUUGCUGACACGGUUUUGAACCUUUUUCAUCCUCAUGUCAUGUUGACACCGGAUGUUGGGAGGGAGAAACUGUGAGAUCGGGCAAUUCUUCGAUGCACUAAAAAAUUGUUAUUUUCAGUUUAGUAGGUGGUUCCUUGCAAGAAAAUGUUAGUAUUUUCACUAGCAGAUGAUGAAGUUGUUAUUUCUCAGCUGUCCCUGCAAAUGAUAAAAGUGGCGUAGCUUUCCUCGUCAAUAUCAGGAAAUCUGUAGACAAAUGUGUCAUGUCUAGUUAACAGCCUGCUAAUUUGGAAUCGUUUAUGUUUGUACACGAACCCCUGUUAGAGUUGAAUAGAUAAUUAGAGGCAACUUGGUAUGGUUGCUCCUUGUCUGGUGUGCAGAAGGAAAAAUGCAUCACACCUGUGGUACAUCACAUAUCAGUAGAAUUCCAGAGGGCUGGCUCCUAGCUUUCUUCAUAGUUACUAAGUUUUUUUUUCUUUAUAUUAGAGAGCAUGGCAUCAACUUGGCUACCUAUAUCUACAGAUUGCCUGGUUAUCCUGGUUUUUUUAAGGUGUUGAGCUUGUUUAGAGGACUGGCCUUUCUUCCCUGAAAGGCAUAAAAGCCAGACAUGGCAGGGCUGUCUAAUCCAUCGCGACGCGGUGCUUUCUUUUUGCAGGAGGAAAAGGUGGGCUGAAACUGGAUGCAGACGCAUGGUGUGCUUUCUUCUCCCUGGAGACCAAGCAUGGUACGUACCGGCUUAGGUGAUUCUGAAGGGUUUUGAGCUGAGAAGAUGGUCUAGUUUCUCAUGGAAAGGAUGAUCUGGAUGGUGGUUUUGUCACUGAUUCAGUUAGUACUUCACUAUUGCCCCGUCUUUCUUGACACCAGGUCAGAGCUCGCACUCAUGUACCGUGUGUAAAUAACAACCUGAAAUACAUUCUGGAAGCAUGGCAUAUUACUUGCUGUAUUAGAGAGUUCACUUGCAAGAUCCUGUCGACGGUGGUUGGUGUCAA